AUGAGGAAUUUGAGAGAAAGCAGUCUUCUUCUUUGCAUCGUGAUUAUCUUGCUCUUCAAAAAUCUUUCAAAUCUGAUUCGAAAUGAAAAUGACUUUGCGCCGCAAAAUUACAGAUCAUCGGAUAACUGGAAGAGCUUCAACAGACCUUCUUUAAAUGAAAAGAUCGACGAUCCCGAGAACGAGGUUUAUAUGAUUGCAAACUCGAAAAUACAGAAAGAAUCUAGGGACAAAUUGAAUGGCAAAAUUGUCCAGCAUAAGAUUCCUCUCGAAGAUUUCACAGUGCGAGAAGCAAAUCAUGGAGAGAAUUUUGGCAUGAGACUCGACAACUCGCAUGUCAAAGGAAAAGACAUUUGCUACACUUGUGAUCCGAAGGGAAAAGUUAACAACCAAGUGCAAGUGCAUCAAAUCAAGCCAAAUGUUGUUCCGGCGGGAGUGAUGCAAACUUGGGCUACGAGACUUGUCGAAAAACAUCAUGAAUUGGCGCAGUUCAGCACGGUGAAACAAGACCGACUCUCUUUCACCGGAAAAGCAGAAAGAUUAAACAUUUGGUCAAAUUUUCGUCGUCGAGGAGAAAUCGUUCCAUUUGAAGUUCCCUAUCCUUGCUCACCAACUUCGAAUCUCGCCAUUUUGGUCAGAUCCGCCGCGCGUGAUCACGCAAAGCGCAAUGAAGUCCGCGAUAGCUGGGGCAAUCAAAAGUACUGGCCCUCGAAGUACGAUAUCUGCGUUUUCCACGUAAUAACCAUUGGCGCGUUUGAAGAUACGCUGAUAAAUGACGUGCUACAAGUGCCAGUGCUUUCAAGAGAGUACAAUACUCCUAUCGUUGAUAAGGUGGCAUUAAGUUUUUUGCGAGGCAAUUUUAAUGGCGACAAAAUCAUAAUUGUCGAUGUGGACGUUGUUCUCUUUCCAAAGCAGCUAGAAUGGCGACUCGAUCAGAUAACUGACCAUGAAUUCAUAGGCGCGUGUCCGAUACAAGGAUGGGCAGAAUCGGAUGACCCGUUUGACAUCGGUUUUAUACCCGACGAAAUGCGCAAGGAAUAUACUUUCACUGAUUUCCCUAAAAUCAUUCCCGAGAAAUCCUUCAUUAUCAUGUCUUUUGAUGCCCUUAAUCGAAUAUCAAGUCUCCUCAAUGCUCAGCAAUACGCAAGCUAUCCCGAUUCAAGCAUGAAUUUCGGCCUUGCUUUUGAAAGAAUGCAACUAGAAAUGAAGCCGCUGGGGGAAGUUUGCCUGGGACUGAGGGUGCUUGAGAAUGAUCUGUUCCCUGAUGUUCCUGAGUCGGCAGGGACGGAGAUUGAAACGGAUCCCUGUCUGCACAGAGGACUAAGUGUCCGGCGAUUAACGUCAAUGGAAACCAUCAUGUCAAGCUUCAAUCAGCACCUUUCGAUGGACUGCUCGUCUGCUUCGAAUUUUAAUUCUUUCGGCGAAAUAAAGGAAACGAUGGAACAGAUACAGGAACAUCUGAUGGCUAAGAAAAUAGACUAA